AUGACUAAAGAUAUUUAUAAAUUUGUAGGGGAUUUUCCUGAACUACAAAAAAUAAUGAAUACCGAAGAAACAACAGGGCAGUCGAUUACAACAGGUAAUUGUAUCGGCAAUGAAAAGAGUGUACCUCAAAGUUUUAAUUCCACUAUUAAGGAAAUAUGCGAAAAGGCUGAUAAUUAUAUUAGUAUUAUACAACGAGAUUACUAUAAUAAAUUUAAUGAAUCCCGCUGUAUAUAUUUUUAUUAUUGGCUGUAUCACAAAGUUGGGGUGCAUAAGAAUAUAAAUGAGACUAAAGAUGUUUAUAAAUUCAUGAUAAGUCAAUUUAAUACUGAUUACGGCGAACAAUGCAUGAAUUAUAAGGAUAUAAUUAUAACAGAAGAGGAAAUGUUAAACCUCAAAGUUCUAUAUGACAUGCACGUUAACCUUAAUAACAAAAGUGGGAUAACUAAAACAUGCAAUAAAAUAUGUGAAUGUGCCAAGGAAUGUGCUGAUUUAUAUAUGAAACAGAAGGAUAAAUGUAAGUCCAACACAUUCCCCUAUUUUUGUAAUGUAAUCGAAGAGUUCAGAAAAAAGUAUAAUGAUAAAAUGUCUUCUAGUAAUUGUGAUACUAAUACCCCCAGUUCAUUACCUUCCUUACAAUCUAAUAAUGUUAUAACUCUCACAUUAAUUCCAAUUGUUGUAACUUUAGCAAUAUCUUCUUUGCUAUCUAUGUUGUAUAAGUUCACUACAUAUGGUAGACAUAUUCGAUAUCAAUUCAUGAGGAAAAGAAAUAAAUAUAAUAAUAUAGAUAAAGGAAGGAAUAUAACCCAACAAUCUGAAAUAUGUAGAUUUAAUUUAAAAAAUAACAGCUAUCUUAUAUUAUAA